CCUUUUGCUGUUACUCCAGGAAGAGCCAUUCAAGGCGACGUGUCUCUUGUCGGCCGAGUUUCUUCAGUCGCAAAGAGGAGAGCGGCUGCCUUGUAGCCUCAGAGGAUCCUGGGACCUUUUCCUGAGGCGUCGUUUCGGGGAGGCCGGCCAUGGCUGCCUCAGAAGGCCUGGUGGAGCGGCUGCGGGACCGCGUGAAGGAGCUGGAGGAAGAACUGGCCCGAGAGAGGGCGAAGGGCGGCGGCGAGGGGCAGAGUUGCCGAGCGCGGAUCGAGCAAAUGAGCCCGGAGGUCACGGACUCCAACCCGUACAGUCGUUUGAUGGCACUGAAAAGAAUGGGAAUUGUGAAUAAUUAUGAGCAAAUCCGCUCCUUUGCAGUAGCCAUUGUGGGUGUUGGUGGAGUUGGCAGCGUGACGGCUGAGAUGCUGACAAGAUGUGGCAUUGGUAAGCUGCUCCUAUUUGAUUAUGACAAGGUGGAGCUGGCAAAUAUGAACCGGCUUUUUUUCCAACCCCAUCAGGCUGGACUAAGUAAAGUUCAAGCAGCAGAGCAUACACUGAGGAACAUCAAUCCUGAUGUCCAGUUUGAAGUACAUAACUACAACAUCACAACUAUGGAGAACUUUCAACAGUUUAUGGAUAGGAUCAGUAAUGGUGGAUUAGAAGAAGGGAAACCAGUUGAUCUGGUAUUAAGCUGUGUGGAUAACUUUGAAGCCCGUAUGGCAAUUAACACAGUUUGCAAUGAACUUGGACAAGUAUGGAUGGAAUCAGGAGUAAGUGAAAAUGCUGUCUCCGGCCAUAUCCAGCUAAUCAUACCUGGUGAAUCAGCUUGUUUCGCAUGUGCACCACCACUUGUUGUUGCAGCAAAUAUAGAUGAGAAAACACUGAAACGGGAGGGUGUAUGCGCAGCCAGUUUGCCCACGACUAUGGGAGUUGUUGCUGGCCUCCUUGUGCAAAAUGUCCUCAAAUAUUUAUUAAACUUCGGUACUGUCAGCUUUUACCUUGGCUACAAUGCAAUGCAGGAUUUCUUUCCCUCCAUGACUAUGAAGCCCAAUCCACAGUGUGAUGACAAAAACUGUAGAAAGCAACAGGAAGAAUACAAGACAAAAGCAGUAAUUAACCCUAAACAAGAGGUCUGUGAAGAGGCAGAAGAAAUAGUACAUGAAGAAAACGAUUGGGGUAUAGAAUUGGUUUCAGAAGUUUCUGAAGAGGAGUUGAAAGCUGCUUCAGGUCCAGUUCCUGAUCUUCCAGAAGGCAUCACACUGGCAUAUACAAUACCUAACAAGGAAGAAAACUCUAUAGAUGGAGAAACUGUUGCUGAGUCCGAGGAAAGUCUAGAAGAACUUAUGGCUAAAAUGAAGACUAUGUAGCACUACUUCAGCAUUACUUUUGUAUCAUGUUUGGCCUUUCAUGGAUGACGGCCCAUUUUUAGUCCGCUUAUUUAUGUUAACUUAAUAACUGUAAACUCACAUCUUUCAGAAUGUAUGAGGGUCCAACAAAAUUUACUUGUGUGUAAUCCACAAUGGCAACUGCCUUGUAGACCAAGUAUGGAUGGUAAGCAGUUUACUUGCUAGCAUGACAAUAUAAGAAAAACAGACAUAAAGUAAUUGUACAAAAUAUCUAAUAUUUUCUAAAAUGUGUAAUUUAGACUCAAAUACCUUAAUAGCUGUUGUAACCUUAGUUCCUAUUUAAAACAUUACUUGGUAAUUUCAUAGACCUUCCUCUACAUAGGCAGCUCUGAAAUGUUUCGGCUUACAGCUCCCAUCAGCCUUAGUCACAGUGGAUGAUUUAUUUAUUUUCACGUCAGGAGCGUCUUGAGAAACUGCAAGUCGCUUCUGGUGUGAGAAGUGACUUGAGAGAAUUAGCUGUCUGCAAGGAUAUUGCCCAGGGGACGCCCAGAUGUUAUUUACCAUCCAGUGGGAGGCUUCUCUCAUGUCCCGCAUGAACUGAAGCUGACAGACAGCUCAUCCUGCUCCCCAGAUUUGAACCGCCUUUUGGUCAGCAGUCCUGCCAGCACAUGGGUUUAACCCAUUACGUCACCGGGGGCUCAUUGUGGAUGAUGAAAUUCUGGGAGUUGUCAGUCAAACCAAUUAAAGGGGUCUAUAUUGUAAAAAACAGUUUUCUUAUGCACUUAUCUCUGCUAGCAUAAGAAAAACUGCAGGCUUGAGCACUCUCUAAUUGUCACAUUGUCUGUAUUAGAAUACUGGUUUUUUAUUGUCAUGUAGAAAUAUGGCUUUGAAGGACUAUGUUGUUAAAUUAACCAGUUUCAUUACACAAUCAUUUGUUUUGCAGUGGAAUUGCACGAUGAAUGGUUUAUAUGUAACUACAAGCCAGGAGCUGAGAAAAGUGAAAGAAUUAUUUCUCCUAUAUUUCUUCUGGCAGCCUAAAACUUCGCUAGGCUGACAGGACAUGUCACCUUACAUCAUAAUUUAGCAUUGUAUUGUAAACAAGGUCCAUCAUUUUGUAAUGCAUCACACAUGCCUGUUACUUCCUUUACAACACUUUGCCUCAGUAUGAAUCAUGAGGUCUUAAGUGUUCCUUGAAUCCAAAAAUCACGUUUUUCUGUGCCUGUUACUUGUGAACGCAAAACUGAAUAUAAUAAAAAUUGUACUGUGUUGGGAGAGAAUAAGACUUCUGCAUAAAAACCUGCCUGUUGAUUAUGCAGCUAUCAAAAAUGGUGGAGGCAAGGCGAAUAAGGAAUAGUUAAAACCUGUGAAAGUCUGUCACCAUCUUUGCUGUACCCUGUAACAAGUAUUUUUAAUAAUACAAAUUUAAAGUAAUGGUUACUUUUCUGAAGUACUGUACAUAUUUGUAAGUUAUUCUCCAGCUAUCUGAAUGAGAUGCUUCAAUCCAGAAGAGAAGCAGUCCUACAAUUAGUGGGGUUCACUUCAACUACUGUAGGAUUUAAGCACUCCUUUCAGUCCAUCUUUGCUUGCUGGAAUAACACUAGAUAUAUUUCGGAAACUGUUUGUAAAAUUGCUUUUCUACUGAACUCUAAACUGACAGACUUCUUGUUAAAGACUAUUCAACUGUAAUCAGGCAGGAGGAGAAAGAAACAUGCUUGUGUAUAUAUACAUGUAUGUAUGGGACCUUGACACUUGAAACAAAUUCACAAUUGACUCAAAACCUCGAUUCCUGUAGAUUACACUGUAAUUUCAGUGCAUUUUUGCAACUGUAUUCUUAUCUGUAUUGAGUCAGCAUGAACUAGGACUCUGGAGAACAGGGCAGAACAAGUCACACUUCCUUGGCCUCGGAGGGAGGCCAAGACAACUUUCCCCUCCCCAAAGAAAACUUUAUGAUAAAGUCACCUUAGGGUCUCUAUAAAUCGGUAACAAUUUGAAGAAAAAGAACAAAAACAGUUCUUACCUCUUCUUUGGCACUACCAGCCUCAAAUGCCAAUAAAUACUAAAAAGCUUGAGUUGCUCCUAUUUAUGUAUAAAAUUCAUGCUUUCAAAAUGCAGACAGUUCCUUCUUCCCUAAUGUAUGUGAUCCUCUGAAGCUUUCUGCUGUAGAAUUUGGAAUGAAAUUGUAACUAUUCAAUGGUUAUGUGAUAGUAAUGGAUUUUGGAAGUUUGAAUUGCAAAAGAGUUCAGCUUCCAGCAGAAUGACUUGUUUUAUGUACAUUUUGCUAUCAACACUAUGAAAUAAAAUCCUCUGAUACGUCUCUACAAAA